AUGAAAAUUCAAGCCGCACUCUCGAUCAUUCCUGCCGUCUUCAUCCUGGCAAGCACGGCCCUCGCCGGUUGGCUCACCCCAAUUUCCGGCCGAAGCUACGCCGAUUACUGCCAGCCAAACGGUGCGCAGCUGUUCUCGCCGCACGCGUGCGUCCGCGUUUCCCCGAGCUACUUCUCUACGAUCUUAAACAACACCCUCGCUGACGGCUACGUUGCCCCGGACAAGAGAGGCUUUGUCGUCAUCCCGCACGACGGCCUUGAGCCGGCAACUUGGUUCACCAAGAAAGCCAACGUCACGGUCACCUUCAAGCCCACAGAGAACGACAAGGUGUGCGCUACAGUGAUCAUUACACCUCUUGGCGAGCUUGCGGGGUGGGACUGGAUUCGGAACGUGUGUGGCGCGUUUCCAUUGGUGUUGGGCAACUGGCCUUGA